CUUGCAGAACAUGGCCCUUCAUACAUAAUGGCAGCUAUGAACAAAAACAGGACCAGGAAUCUGCAGCAUGAUGUUCCCCUCCAGUUUCUGAACUCCAUUCAAAAAAAUGAUAAGGAUGAUGCAAUGUUUUGGGGCUACCUUCAUCACAUACUGAGACCUCCCUUCAAUCUGUUGACAGCUGUGCAAGGAGACCAACUGAAUCGACCAUCUGAGAAAACAGGAUCCCACAUUCUGGGUAGUUUACGAGCUCUCAGAUAUCUCUGUGGGCUGCCAACUGCUGUCAUCAAAGAUUUCCUAGCGAGAGCAGAAGUAAAUAACUUUGAAGUUCUGGCAGACCAUAGGCAGAAGGGUCAGGAUUCUAUUAGUGUAUCCCAGGCAGUAUCUUGCAGUCCUCUGUCACUGAUGGUAGGGGCACGAGUCAGCAAAUGGGCUUCUGAGAGGGGUGGCAAUAAUACAAGGUCAUAUAUGGCUUUGCCAAGAGGCCUAAUACUCUUUCCACCUAAAGGCCUACAAAUAAGAGCUCCUGCAUGCCUUCCCACCCUUAGAUCAGGAACAGCAAUAGUGAUGCCUCCAGGAAAUACUAGAAUAGGCUACAACAGAAGGCUGGCUGAUCUUUUUUUUCCCACAAAGAGGCCCAGAGCAUCCUGUGGAUAAUUGGCCAAGGCCUGUCCCUUUGUCUUCCUGUGCUCUGGGAUUACUUGGCUCCAAUGUUCAUUGCUUCAUAUCUCCUCAACCUCUGAGUUUCAAUGGAGUUCUCAAGAUGCGUAUUUCUUUUGCUCCUCCCCUAGUGUUUGGUCUUCCUCUGUCACCUUAUUUUGCCCAUCCACACUCUGGGAGAAUGCCAC